UAAGUUUGGCCUCAGGCAGUACUUCCUGUCACACAGUGAAUCUCCGCCUCCUACGCUGUGAUUGGAAGACUCUCAGCCUCACAUGAUGAACAGAAGGAAAACAAAAGCAUGUGAUUGGUGGAGCUGGCUUGAGGCAGCCUUUGAGACCGCUGAAGAGGGAUGAGAAGGAUUAGACCAGAUUAGAGGAGCAGCAGGAGGAGAGACCAGGACUGGGACAGACAUCAAGGUCUGGUGGACCAUACUGAACCAAACUGGACCAUACUGAGCCAAACUGGACCAAACUGGACCAAACUGAACCAACUUGUUGAGCAGAAUCUAACUGGACUGAUCUGGGAGGUGAAGGUGGAGGGUAAAGUAGACUGAACUGGUCCAUGCUGGUCUGUGCUGGUCUGGGGAACAGGAAGUGGUCUGAUGGACGGAUUCCAGGCGUAUGGGGCUGGGAAGGCUGGUGGAGCGUUCGACCCACUGACUUUCUUCAGACAACCUCAGACCGUGAUGAGGAUUAUCUGCUGGCUCUUCUCCAUCGUUAUCCUCGGCUGCGUUGCUAAUGAAGGUUACGUGAACCGCCCAGAGGAAGUUGAUGAGUUCUGCAUCUUCAACCGAAACCAGAGCGCCUGUACCUACGCCGUCUCCAUGGGAAUGCUGUGUUUCCUGUGCAGCACGGCAUUCCUGGCGCUCGAUGUUUACUUUCCUCAGAUCAGCGGCGUGAAGGACAGGAAGAAGGCCGUCAUGGCCGACAUCGGGGCGUCAGCUCUCUGGUCUUUGGUCUGGUUCGUCGGCUUCUGCUUUCUGGCCAAUCAGUGGCAAGUUUCUAAAGAGGAAGACAACCCUCUGAACGAAGGCGCAGACGCUGCCAGGGCAGCCAUCGUCUUCUCCUUCUUCUCUGUCUUCACCUGGGGAGGUCUCACUCUGCUGUCGUUGGAGCGUCUGAAGAGAGUCUCAUUUGAAGAAGAAUACAGCAAACUGUUCAACACACCACGCACCUGAAACACACACACACACACAAACACACACACACAAACACACCUGAAACGCACACACACACACACACACACACACACACACACACACACACACACACACACACAGACACACCCACACCUGAAACACACACACACACACACACACCUGAAACACACACACACUAACCUUGCCUCUCUCCAGCCAAUCACAGCCCUGAGUUGUUCCUGUGUUUCCUGUUUCCUCAGUAGCUCAGUCUGGACUCUGAUUGGCUCUAAGUGCCUGUCAUCCAAAGUGCCUUCCUGUUGCCAUGGCGACAGAGUGACAACUAUCAUUACUAUUAUUAUAUUAUUACCAGAGUGAUAUCAUGAAUGUGAGAUGAUUUCAUAUGUUGUGAUGAUGUAUUGAUCUGUGAUGAAGAUUAAAGUUGACAUAAUUAA